AUGCCCGUCCAGGACACCAUAUCGACCCUGGUCGAAUGGGCCAGCUCACACGGGGCCACGCUGCAUCCAUCAAUCGAGGUCUAUCAAGACCCCCAGACCGGCCUCUCGUUCCGCGUCAAGCCAUCCGCCAAGUCGCCCGUGCAACCAUACGAACCCAUCGUGCAACUGCCCACCUCCCUCACCCUCUCCUACUUCAACGCCGUGUCGGAGCAGGGCACCGCCAGCCCGGAUGCCUUCCGCGGGGAGUUUCUCGCCAGGGCGGCGCCCCAUGUCGUCGGGCGCCUAUUUCUGAUCAAGGAGUACCUCAAGCGCGACAAGUCGUUCUGGUGGCCCUACAUCCGGGCCCUUCCGCAGCCCGGACAGGGAAACAAGUCGCAGUGGGCGCUGGCGCCCUUCUGGGACGCCGACGAGGCCGAGCUGCUCGAGGGGACAAACGUCGAAGUCGGCAUCGACAAGAUCAGGAACGACGUCAGGAGGGAUCUGCAGGAGGCGCAGGAGCUGCUGCGCCUGCACGGGGACGCCAGCGGCGCCUUCGGCAGGGCCCUGACGACGGAGCUGUACCAGUGGGCGUACUGCAUCUUCUCGAGCCGCAGCUUCAGGCCGAGCCUGGUGCUGUCGGACGAGCAGCGGCGCUCGCUGCCGCGGGGCGUGACCAUGGACGACUUCUCCGUGCUGCUGCCGCUGUUUGACAUCGGGAACCACGACAUGACGACCGAGAUCCGCUGGGACCUGGACGACGAGCGCCAGACGUGCGAGCUGCGGGUGGGCAGGACGCACAUGCCGGGGCAGCAGGUCUUCAACAACUACAGCAUGAAGACCAACGCCGAGCUGCUGCUGGGCUACGGCUUCAUGCUCCCCGCCACCAAGGAGCUGCACAACGACUACACGCACGUUCGCAAGCGGACGGCCGCCGCGCCCCGGGCGUCGGAGGAGUAUCUCAUCUCGCUGCGGCCGCUGUCGCACCCGAGCUCCGUGCUGGCCCGCGCCAAGCAGUCGCUCACCUUGGACCCGGCCACCGCGGUGCUCGGGUCGUUCAGGCACGUCCAGCCCGAGAUGGUGUGGGACAUCUUUUGCACGCUCACCACGCCCGAGCAGCGGGCGGUGCUGAUCCCCGUGCCCGAGGGGAAACCCAAGGACACGUACCAGAGAGACCGCUUCUUUUCCGGCAAGGUGGAGGGCGAGGCGAGGAUGUAUCUGCAACAGACGGUUGCUAUUAUCCAGCACAAAGUGCUACAGGAGCUGGAGAGGCUAAACGAGACGGAUGUGGAGGCCGUGGGCGGCCAAGAGGCCGACUUGAACCGCAAUCAGAGGCUGGCCCUUGAUUACAGAGAGAGGUGUAGAAAGGUGCUGGAGGGCGUGUUGGAGUCCAUGAGUGGAGAUGAUAUACUUGACGAUGAAUUUUAA